UAAAAGCAACUGAGCUGCAGUGGAAAAAAAAGAAAAAAGAAAGAAGACAAAACAUAAUAAGAAAAAAAGACAAAUUAAAGCUGUGAGCUCUUCCAUUAGAGCUCUAAAACAUUUUUUAGAGUCUUGGCAUUACAGAGAAGAAGAGAUGGAGAAGAUAGAGCAUAAGAGCGUAAGCGUGAAUGGCAUAAACAUGCACGUAGCAGAGACAGGUGAAGGACCAGCUGUCCUCUUUCUUCACGGCUUCCCUGAGCUAUGGUACUCAUGGCGCCACCAGAUGCUCUCUCUCUCCUCUUCCGGCUACAGAGCAAUCGCCCCCGAUCUCCGCGGCUACGGAGACACCGAUGCUCCUCCUUCCGCCACCAGCUACACCGUCCUCCACAUCAUCGGCGAUCUCGUCUCCCUCCUCGACUCCUUGGAUCUCCACCAGAUCUUCCUCGUCGGUCACGAUUGGGGCGCCAUUAUCGCCUGGGCCUUCUGCUUGCUCCGCCCUGACCGAAUCAAAGCUCUCGUCAACAUGAGCGUUCCUUUUCAACCCAGGCAUCCUUCCUUUAAACCUCUCCAAUCUCUCCG